ACGCACCUCUUUUUUUUCUUUCCAAGGUCAAGUUCCUCGGUUUCUGGAAUUCUGAGGUUGGCGGGGUCGAUCGGACGGGCGAGUGAUCUUGGUUCGAGGCCACGAGAUCUCUUUAGUCCCGGAUGAUGCUCCUUGCAAGCGUGCGGAUCCUUGACCGACCAGGAUCAAUGGGCGCAACGUCAUGUAGUCACGUGGCCUCGCCUUUUCUUCCCAGAGUAACUGACGGUUCAACGUCGCCCGAAAAUGGACAAGUCAAGAAUAAAAAUGCUAACUAGAUGUCGCUUUUGCUUGGCCCGCUGUUGGUAGCCCCUCAUUUCUCGCGAUGCUUCUGCGGAGAAUAACGCCGAUGGUGAAUCAGCUCCGUGGCAGCAAGCAGUUACACCGGUUUUCGACCGUCUUCGAGGCAUUUGUCCUUCGAUUGCGAUACGCGGAUGAUGAGAUCGACUCAAGGUUUUUUUUGGUGUCGCCGUGCUGUGCACACCUGAUAUGAAGACCAUGCCAUUUUCAAGCGCUUGCUGCUGCUACCCAAGAGCGCUUUUUUUGCUCCAGAUGACCAAGUUCUGUGCGGAAGAAAGGAAAAGCACUCAUGGAUAUGACACGUACGGUGAGAAAUGAUGUCUAUAUAAAUCCUCAAUAAAGCCUUUCCAGAGAUUCUUGUUCUUCAGAGAUACUCGGGAAGAGCUUUUGUAUCUUCAGAUCGAUCCACUGUCCAAAACUUGGGACAAAGCUAUCAACAUGAAAAACUUUCUCCUUAUUCUUGCAUUAAACGUCCUUGCUCUUGCUGCUCCAGUGGUUCAGGAACACAAGCGUCAGAUUACUGACAAUGAGUUCUUGGAUGGUCCAUGUAGAGACAUCAUCUUAUUCUUCGUACGAGGGACAUUUGAACUCGGCAACAUGGGUCUCAUCGUUGGGCCACCGUUGUCGGCUGGGUUGAAGAAUAAUUUUGGUGAUGACCGCGUUGCGACCCAAGGAGUGGAUUACGCCGCUGGGGUCGCCACCAACUUUUUGCCCGACAAUGCGGACCCCGUCGGGGUUGCAAACAUGCAGAAUCUUUUCAAUGAGGCGGCAACGCGGUGUCCAAACUCCGUAGUGGUUGCAGGCGGCUACAGCCAGGGAGCUGCUAUUACCCAUGCAGCCAUCGCAGGCCUCUCCGACUCAGUCAAAAGCCAGAUCGUGGGCGUGACGUUGUUCGGAGAUACGCGCAAUGAGCAGGACCAUGGAUCAAUCGAAGGCUAUCCACAGGAUGACCUCCUGAUCAUUUGCAAUCCAGGGGAUUUGGUCUGUGAUGGAACACUGAUCAUUACACCAGCACAUUUACUCUAUACGCCGCGAGUUCCUGAAGCUGUUGCGUUCUUGACAGAGAAGAUAAACGCGGCUGGUGUGUGA